ACGUGGAGUGGGCUGGAAAGAGGAAGUGGGGGGCUGUGACCUCGCUUUCCGACCCCUUCCCGGGCCCCCACCCCCAGCACACCUCCUCCCCACGCUCCUCCUCUCGGAUUUCACGGCUCAGAGGAAGCCGCCCAGGCCACCACCCACCUGCGCCAGGUGCGGCCCACAGGCCAGGGCCACGCUUUGGGAGAGUGAAAUCAUGGAGUCUUCCUCCAAGACCUUCAUGAGACACCUGCCAGUCACACCAGGCUACAGUGGCUUCGUGCCCUACCUUAGCUGCCAGGAAUCCACCAGCAAGGACAACAUGUCCCACUGCCUGAAAACCUUCCAGGAAAGCACACAGCGAUAUAAACACCAGCUGGAGGAGUUUCGCUGCUCAGUGGCCACUGCCCGGAAGCUGAAGCCCGUUUGCUCGGAGGAGACGGUCCUGCGGGAGCUGCAUCAGUAUUAUCGGCAGUAUCACCCCCUGAGUUUGGAAUGCAAACACAUAAAGAAACCUCUCCAGGAGCCUCCAAUCCCCGGCUGGGCUGGCUACCUCCCGAGAGCCAGGGUCACGGAAUUAGGCUGUGCCACGCGGUACACUGUGAUGGCCAGAAACUGCUACAGAGACUUCCUGGACCUCGUGGAGCAGGCCAGGAAGGCACACCUGAAGCCAUAUGAGGAAAUAUACGGAGUCGGGUCCACACAGCCUCCUUCUGCUCCUUCUCUGAAGGUUUUGCAGCACCAAGGGCUACUGCCAAAAUAUCCGGAGUUUUCUAUCCCAGGUGGUAGCUGUCCUGCCCACGGAAGACCCCUGACAGAGGACCCCAGGCCUCCGGUGACGUGUGGCUGUGCCCAGAGAUCAAAUAUGUCCUGCAACGGGAAGAUUUAUCUAGAGCCUCUGUCCUCAGCAAAGUAUGCAGAAGGCUGAUGCAGACAGCCUCUCAAGGAGAGGUGAACUUCAAGGGGGGACUCAAAAGCUCACCAUUCUUACACGAGGACCAGGCCCUGACCCACACCCAACAGGCACUACGGAACUUUCAAAACCUAAGAAUCCUUUCAACUGCCACCUGCAUCCUGUUUGGCAAUAGCAUGUCAUUAAUGAUAAAGGCCUUUUAUUGUGUGGGAAUAAAGAGGAUGCUUCUCA